CGGGGCGCGCCGGGGCCGGGCGCGCGGGGAGGGGGCGCAGGAAGCGGGCGCGGCCGGGCGCGGGAGGCGGCGGCGGCUGCCCCGGGAGCUGCCGAUCGGCGCCGGGACAAAGGCGCGGCCGCCCGGCGCCCCGAGCAGCCCGAGCCGGGGCGCACAGCCGAGGCGCAGCCCGCGCCCCCCGCCGCGAUUGACAUGAUGUUUCCACAAAGCAGGCAUUCGGGCUCCUCGCACCUACCCCAGCAACUCAAAUUCACCACCUCCGACUCCUGCGACCGCAUCAAAGACGAAUUUCAGCUGCUGCAGGCUCAAUAUCACAGCCUAAAGCUCGAGUGUGACAAGUUGGCCAGCGAGAAGUCGGAGAUGCAGCGUCACUAUGUGAUGUACUACGAGAUGUCCUACGGCUUGAACAUUGAGAUGCACAAGCAGGCUGAAAUUGUCAAGAGGCUGAACGGGAUUUGUGCCCAGGUCCUGCCCUACCUCUCCCAAGAGCACCAGCAGCAGGUCUUGGGAGCUAUCGAGAGGGCCAAGCAGGUGACCGCGCCUGAGCUGAACUCCAUCAUCCGACAGCAGCUCCAAGCCCACCAGCUGUCCCAGCUGCAGGCUCUGGCCCUGCCCCUGACCCCCUUGCCCGUGGGGCUGCAGCCACCUUCGCUGCCGGCAGUCAGCGCGGGCACCGGCCUCCUCUCGCUGUCUGCGCUGGGCUCCCAGGCCCACCUCUCCAAGGAAGACAAGAACGGGCACGACGGGGACACCCACCAGGAGGAUGACGGGGAGAAGUCGGAUUAGCAGGCGGCCGGGACGGGGAGGGUCGGGGAGGUGGGGGGAACAGAGGGGACACCGAGGCACGGAGGGAAAGGAAUGUUUAGCGCGAGGCAGUAUAGCUCGGGAUUGGCUCAGCUCCGUAGUAUUUAUGGUGGCCGCCCACUGGGGCUCUGGGGCUACCUCCUAGCUUUGUUCCUGUCCCCCAAGUCCCGGCCCCCUCCCUCCUCCUCUGCAGCCCGAAUAGGUGAACGGAUACCUGCUCGUGACAUAGAUGAGGCAAGCUAAGGCCUGGAGGGGCACAGGGAGACUAGGUCAGAAAGGAGCAAAACCUAAAGAAGUCCAACACCCCUGGCACGUCCCCUGUUCCGAACACGUGUACCGGUAGUCUGCUCGCUGGGCCCCCCGGGGCACACGCCACAGCUCCCGCCCUGGCACUGCAUGCAAACACAAUGCUAGCUGCCCCCUCCCCAUCCUGGGCACCCACAGUGUCCCCCCUGGGUCCCGGACCUGCUCCCACCUCCACCUCCUGCCCUGCUCACCACCCCCGCUAGUUCCAGAUACCCCCGUGCCCACCCGGUCCUCUCUCGCCCAAGAAAGAGGGGGGCAAGCUUAGCUGGGACAAGCCGGGUGGGGGCGGGUGACCCAGGACUUUCCCUUCUCCCCUUCCCAAAAUAAAGAUGAGGGUACUAAA